CAUUUUAGUAAAACCAACGGUGAAGAUGAGCAUCGGCAUCUCCCUCUGCAACUGCAGCUCCCCACCUUCACUCACUCCGACUCCAACAUCUCCAAAGCCAACUCCAAAGCCUCAAUUCCUCUGCUUCCCCGACGACUGGGCCAAGAAAACCCUACUCGGUGCACUAACCGGAGCUCUUUCUUUAACUCUCCUCACCUCCUCGCCUCCUUCCCUCGCACUAAUUCCCCCUUCAGGACAAACGUUGCAGUUGCCUCCGCCUCCUUCGAAUAAUCCGCCGGAAGGUUGUAGUGAAGAUGAAGAACGGCGGGAACUAGAGCAAGAUAGAGCUGAGCUCAAGCCUGAAUUCGUCACCAAUGAAGGAAUUGUGCAGGAAGCUUGGCAGAUCGUCAAUGAUAGCUUUUUCGAUUCCGGUCGGAGUCGAUGGUCUCCUGAAUCUUGGCAGCAAAAGAUGGAGUAUAUCUCUGGUACUUCGAUUCAGACAAGGAACAAGGCUCACCAUAUAAUUACAAAAAUGUUGGCAAGUUUGGGUGAUCGUUACACGCGCUUCAUCUCUCCUGCAGAUUUCUCCAAGAUGGCGAGGUAUGAUAUGACUGGUAUUGGAAUGGACAUUAAGGAAGUUGCAGAUGUCAGUGGAGCUGUAAAACUGAAGGUGCGAGGAUUGAUAUUGGAUGGUCCAGCACUGGCUGGUGGUGUAAGACAGGGGGAUGAAGUUUUAGCUGUGAAUGGAGAAGACGUGAGAGGGAAGUCAGCCUUUGAAGUAUCUUCUUUGAUACAAGGUCCCAAUGAAACAUUUGUGACCAUCAAGGUCAGGCAUGGCAAUUGUGGACCUAUUGAAUCUCUACAAGUCCAGAGACAACUUGUUGCUCGUACCCCAGUUGUAUAUCAUUUGGAACAAAUAGACAAUGGUACUACUUCUGUUGGAUAUGUGCGCCUAAAAGAAUUCAAUGCUUUGGCCAGAAAAGAUUUGGUCACUGCAGUAAAGCGGCUUCAAGAUAUGGGUGCCUCAUAUUUCAUUCUUGAUCUUAGAGAUAAUCUCGGAGGGUUAGUACAGGCUGGAAUCGAAAUUGCCAAGCUCUUUCUAAAAGAAGGGGAAACGAUCAUUUAUACUGUUGGAAGGGAUCCCCAGUAUCAGAAGGCUAUAGUUGCUAAUACCACACCAUUGGUUUCAUCUCCUGUAAUUGUUUUAGUGAACAACAAAACUGCUAGUGCAAGUGAAAUUGUUGCUUCCGCGCUUCAUGAUAAUUGUAGAGCUGUUCUUGUUGGAGAAAGGACGUUUGGCAAGGGGCUAAUUCAAACUGUCUUUGAACUUGAUGAUGGGUCUGGGGUUGCUGUCACUGUAGGAAAGUAUGUAACACCAAAUCACAUGGACAUAAAUGGCAACGGAAUUGAGCCUGAUUACAGAAACAUCCCAGCUUUAAGUGACGUGGCUGAACACCUUUCUCAUUGCAACUCACUCCGACAAGGUUAAAUUAACUGCAUGGUUUGCCUGGUUUCCUGUUCCAAUUCAAGAUUUCAUCUCUUUUAUCAGGUUGUUUCUUGCUAGUUUAAGUGGAUAUCUAUUUUGCAUCCAACCUGCAGUGCUUUUGCUGAAAAAAAUUCCAUUUUCAAGUGUAGGUAUGAUCUGAUUCUUGCUGUCCAGUAGUCCUUUUUAUCCAUGAAGUUGAGAUGAGAUGCUUGUUUUAACCAAGAGCAUUUGCUUCCAUAUGCCUUGCCUUUGCUUUUGUUAUGAUAUGCCCCUGAAGUUCUGAUUACUCUGAGGGGGAAGAAGCAAAACAGAACUGAUAUUGGAAAAUUUUCGAUGCAAACUGCCUCCAAAGAAAGCUUAAUAAGAACGAUAUCAUUGAGUCCUGCGUGAAUGCUUGAAGAACUGCACUCCUAUGGGAAAAUUUUUUGUAGAAUUUGUCAAUUCAUAAUAUCAUAUGUGCAUGAGUGCCUCAAGUAUAAAGCUUGGAACUGCAGAAGAAGUAGAAGCUUCUUUUGGAAAAUUUUUCACAGGUAGUCUGGGUAGGAAUAGAGUGAUUUUUCUUUAUAUUUUUCUUUUCUGGAAUCGGAUGUGAUAGAAUAAAUUAUUAAAAUCUAGACAAAAUAGUAAAGUUCUAUGAAUAAAGCUGUCGAUUCGAACUCUUCUCUUUUGAAUGGGGAAAUCCUUUACUGUCUUCGCUUGUAGCAACUGCAUACCCAUCCCAGAAAAUGAAGGGAUUCAAAUAUG